AUGGAGGUGAUCGGCUGCCAGCAGAAAGACUUUGAUGACACCAAGCUAAGUGGUGCCAUUGAUUCAGUAGAAGGAUGGGAUGUCAUCCCCAGGGACCUCGGCAGUCUGGAGGAGUGGGUUCCUGUCAUCCUUAUUAAGUUCAACAAGAUCAAGUGCAAAAUCAUGCACCUGGCGCGGCCAUCCGGCGGCUGCAGCGGCGCGGCGGCGCCUCCGGGUGUCGCUGUUGGCCGCCGCCGAGCGGCGCUGGAGCCGCCGCCGCCGCCGCCGCAGCGUCCUGCCCCCGCAGGCUGCUCGCUCGCCCGGCGCCGGCCACAGCGGCAGCGGCACCGGCGGCAGCGGCAAGAGGCGGCGGAAAGCGGCGGAGAGAGGCGGAGAGAGGCGGGCAGCAGCGGCGUCCGAGUGCGGCCCGAGCGGCCUCGCCGCGCUGCCUUUCGGCGAUCCGUGCGGUGUGCGGCGAGAGCGGCCGGAAGGGAGCGGCGGGGCAGCGGCGGGAGGCAGCGGCGCGGCGAGCUGUGGCGGCGGAGAAUGGCGGUGAGGCUCGGGCGGAGGCUCGGCACGGGCGGCGGGCGAGCGCUGCCGGCCGCGGUGCUGCUGUGCCUGUGGUGGCGGGCGGCGGCCGAGCGGGUCCGCUACGCCAUCCCCGAGGAGCUGGGCAGAGGCUCGCUCGUGGGGCCGCUGGCGCGGGACCUGGGGCUCAGCGCGGACGAGCUGCCGGCGCGCAAGCUGCAGGUGGCGUCUGGCGGCAAGAAGCAGCUGAAAUACUUCACGGUGAAUGAGGAGAACGGGAACCUGUGCGUGAAUGAGCGGCUGGACCGGGAGGAGAUGUGCGGCGCAGCUCCGACCUGCUCCGUCAGCUUCGAGGCUCUGGUGCACAACCCGCUGAACGUUUUCCACAUUGAGGUGUCCAUCGAGGACGUGAAUGACAACUCCCCGACCUUUAGCAACGCUGUUCUUAAAUUUGAUAUAGGGGAAUGGACUCCCGCCGGUGCUCGUUUUCCCCUGGAGGGUGCCCAAGACUUUGACUCAGGGAGCAAUUCGCAGCUGACUUACCGACUCACCAGCACCCCGUCUUUCUCUCUGGUCAUGAAGGAGAGCCCUGAUGGAAGUAAUCAGCCCGAAUUAGUGCUGGAGAAAGCGUUGGACCGGGAGAAGCAGAGCUCUUUUGAGCUGGUACUAACGGCGGUCGAUGCCGGAGAUCCAGUUAGAUCCGGAACUGUCAAGAUUCUCGUCAAUGUGACAGACGCCAACGACAAUCCACCCGUGUUCGGGCAGGAUGGGUACCGUGCCAGAUUGCGGGAGGACGCUGCCCCGGGGUCGAGAGUGUUAAACGUCUCCGCCUCCGACGCCGACAGCGGCAGCAAUGCUCGCAUAACUUACGGCUUCGGAAAAAUGCCUGCCAAGGUGCUUCAGAAGUUUAUAAUGGACACGGAGACCGGAAUGAUCACGCUGAAAGAGGCUUUGGACUUCGAGGACACGAGAGGCUAUACAUUACUGGUGGAGGCAAGGGACGGUGGCGGUCUGGUGGCUCAGUGCAAGGUGGUGGUGGAGGUCCUGGAUGUGAAUGACAACGCGCCCGAGAUCACAAUUUUGUCCCUCUCGAGUCCAGUGCCCGAGGACGCACCGGUCGGCACCGUGGUAGCCGUGCUGAAUGUGAACGACCCAGACUCGGGGGAGAACGGUCAGGUGUGGUGCGAGCUGUCGGGCGAGGCGCCGCUGUCGAUCGUGGCGUCGGCGGGCGGCUCGUACAAGGUGGUGACGGCGAGCGCGCUGGACCGCGAGCAGGCGUCCGAGCACCGCGUGACGGUGGUGGCCCGCGACCGGGGCAGGCCGGCGCUGCGGAGCAGCAGGGAGCUGGCGCUGGAGGUGUCGGACGUGAACGACAACGCGCCGGUGUUCGAGGAGGCGGCGUACAGCGCGUACGUGGCGGAGAACAACGCGGCGGGCGCGCUGGUGCUGCGCGUGCAGGCGCGGGACGCGGACGCGGGCGCCAACGGGCGCGUGAGCUACUGGCUGGCGGGCGGCAGCGCGGGCGCGGCGGGCGCGGCGCCGCUCGUGUCGGUGGAGGCGCGGAGCGGCGCGCUGUACGCGCAGCGCUCCUUGGACUACGAGCAGUGCCGCGAGUUCGCGGUGGCGGUGCGGGCGCAGGACGGCGGCGCGCCGGCGCGCAGCUCCACGGCCACGGUGCGCGUGUUCGUGCUGGACCGCAACGACAACGCGCCGCGGGUGCUGUGGCCGGCGGCGACAGCGGGAGGGGCCGCGGCGGCCGCCCCGACGGCGUUCGAGGUGGUGCCGCGCUCGGCCGAGGCCGGCUACCUGGUGGCCAAGGUGGUGGCGGUGGACGCGGACGCGGGGCGCAACGCGUGGCUGUCGUACGAGCUGGUGCAGGCGUCGGAGCCGGCGCUGUUCCGCGUGGGGCCGCACAGCGGCGAGGUGCGCACGGCGCGGGCCGUGUCCGAGCGGGACGCGGCCAAGCAGCGUGUGGUGGCCGUGGUGAAGGACCACGGGCGGCCGCCGCUGUCGGCCACGGCCACGCUGCACGUGGUGCUGGCCGAGAGCUUGCAGGAGGCGCUGCCGGAGCUGAGCGAGCGGCCGGCGGGCGCCGAGGAGGCGGCGGCGGCCGAGCUGCAGUUCUACCUGGUGCUGGCGCUGGCGCUGCUGUCGGCGCUCUUGGUGCUGAGCGUGGCUCUGGCCGUGCUGGCGCGGCUGCGCCGGGCCGGGCCGCCCGCCGUGCUGCGCUGCCUGGGCGCGCAGCGCUUCUCGGUGGCCGGCGCCGCCUUCCCGGCCGACUUCUGCGAGGGCACCUUGCCCUACUCCUACAACCUGUGCGUGGCGGCGCCGGCCCGCGCCGUGCCCGAGGCCUCUUGGCCCCCCCCGCCGCCGGUGCCCGUGCUGUCAGCGGAGGAGCUUCUGGGCGGCGAGUCCUGCGAGAAGCCGAGCCCCGACGACAGCGCUAUUGUGGAUGAGGUGCCCACUGAGCCGGGAGCAGCUCAGGCGGUGUCCGUGCUGUCUGCGGUGGAGCUUCUGGGCGGGGAUUCCUGCGAGAAACCGAACCUGAGUAGUGGCGCCGUGACGGGAGGGUUGCCCGCCGAGGCUGAAGUACCUCAGAAGAGCUGGAUGUUAGACAAGUCGAGGAAGAAGGUCCGCGAUGCACGGGACCCCACGUCUCUGGGGUUUCUGUCCCGUUCCCGCGAGUUCUCCGUGGACAAGGAAGCACCGCAGCGCUCGGUGCUGCAGUGCCGGGAGGAGGCUGCGGGCGCCGCUGUUGACCGAGAGGAGCGAGAGGAAGCUCGGAGCGCUGCAGCCCCGCCCGCUGCGGUGCAGACCCGUGCCACGGAGCCGGUGAGCAGAGGAUCCGCUGCGAAACCUCAGCAAGAGCAGGUACCUGAGCAGCAGGCUGCCGUUCCUCAGCGGCAGCGGGGAGCUGCCACGGCGGAGAUGUUCUCGGCGGGGAGGCGCUGGGGCCGGCGGCAGCGAGCUCUGCUCUGGGUGAUCCUGCUGGCGGCGGGGGAGGCGGCGUGGGGGCAGCUGCGCUACUCGGUGCCCGAGGAGAUGCCCAAGGGCUCGUUCGUGGGCGACGUGGCCAAGGACCUGGGGCUGCAGCUGCUGGACCUAGGCGAUCGCGGCUUUCGCUUAAUAGAAAGAGGUAGGACGCAGUAUUUUGCUCUACAUGGGAAGACGGGACAUUUAGUGACUGCGGAGAGGAUCGACAGAGAGCAGCUGUGCGAGCGUGUGCAGCAAUGCGUGCUGCGCUGUGAGCUGAUAGUGGAGGGAGAAAUGAAGUUCUAUGAAAUCGAAGUGGAAAUCAAGGACAUUAACGAUAACGCGCCCACAUUCCGAGAGACAGAAAUAGAUCUCAGAAUGAGCGAGAUGACAGCCCCGGGAUCGCAGUUUCCCCUGCCAGACGCUCACGACACAGACUUGGGCCGGAAUUCCCUGCAGAGCUACGAUCUGAGCGGUGACGAGCACUUCUCGCUGGCCGUGCAGGCGGGCCCCGGCGGCGAUCAGCGUCCCGAGCUGGUGCUGGCGAAGGCGCUGGACCGGGAGGAGGCGGCGUUUCACGAGCUGGUGCUGAGGGCGAGUGACGGCGGCGAUCCGGCACGGACGGGCACGGCUCGGAUCCGUGUUACAGUGGUGGAUGCGAACGACAACGCGCCGGUGUUCAGCCAGGCGGAGUACACGGUGCGUGUGCCCGAGGACGUGCCCGUGGGCUCCGUCCUCGUCAUCGUCACGGCCACGGACAAUGAUGAAGGGGUGAACGGUCACGUGAAAUACUCAUUUAAGAAAAUCACAGAGAAAGAGUCGAAUAUUUUCCAUCUGGACUCUGAGACUGGAGUGAUCAGUCUGUUGCAGAGGCUGGACUUCGACGACGGGGCCUCAUACGGGCUGGAGGUGCAGGCAUAUGACGGUGGAGGCCUUUUCGACACGGCGAAUCUCAGAAUAAUCGUGACAGACGUCAACGACAAUGCUCCUGAACUGACCGUAUCCUCAGCCCUGUCAGAGAUCUCUGAGGACGCCCCGCCCGGGACGGUGGUCGCCCUGCUACACGUGCAGGACCGGGACUCGGGGGCCAACGGCGAGGUGCGCUGCUCGCUCGAAGGGGAUGUCCCGUUCCGGCUGCAGAGCUCCCACGGCGGCUACUACAGCGUGGUGACAGCGGGCGAGCUGGACCGGGAGCAGGUGUCGGAGUACAACGUGACGGUGCGGGCGGCCGACGGCGGGUCGCCGUCGCUGCAGAGCAGCGCGGUGCUGGCGCUGCGGGUGCUGGACGUGAACGACAACGCGCCGGUGUUCGCGGAGGAGCGCUACAGCGCGCGGCUGGCGGAGAACAACGCGGCGGGCGCGCUGGUGCUGACGGUGCGCGCGACGGACGCGGACUGGGGGCAGAACGCGCGCGUGCGCUACCGGCUGUCGGAGGGGCGGGUGCGGGGCGCGCCGCUGUCGUCGUACGUGUCGGUGCAGGCGGAGACGGGCGCGCUGUACGCGCUGCGCUCCUUGGACUACGAGCAGGUGCGCGAGCUGCGGCUGUGGGUGCGCGCGGAGGACGGCGGCGCGCCGGCGCUGAGCGGCAACGUGUCGGUGCUGCUGCUGAUCGCGGACGAGAACGACAACGCGCCGCAGGUGCUGUACCCGCCGCCGGCCGCGGCGGCGCGGCGGGGCUCGGGCGCGGCGCGGUCGGUCGUGGAGCUGGCGCCGCGCUCGUCGCCGGCCGGCGCGCUGGUGGCCAAGGUGGUGGCGGUGGACGCGGACGCGGGUCAGAACGCGUGGCUGUCGUACGAGCUGGCCAAGGCCACGGAGCCGGGGCUGUUCCGCGUGGGGCCGCACAGCGGCGAGGUGCGCACGGCGCGCUCGCCGCUGGCCCGCGACGCGGCGCGCCACAGCCUGGUGGUGCUGGUGAAGGACCACGGGCGGCCGGCGCUGUCGGCCACGGCCACGCUGAGCGUGGUGCUGGCCGAGAGCGUGGCCGAGCUGCUGGCCGAGCUGGGCGGCGCGGCCGACGAGGCGGCGGCGCCGGGCGAGCCGGCCGGCAGCCUGACGCGCUGGCUCGUGCUGGCCGUGGCCGCCGUGUCCUGCCUCUUCCUCGCCUUCCUGCUGCUGCUGCUGGCGCUGCGCCUGCGCCGCUGGCGCCGCCAGCAGCUGCUGCCGCCCGACAGCGGCGCCUCCUUGCGCGGCGUGCCCGUCUCGCACUUCGUGGGCAUCGACGGCGUGCGCGCCUUCCUGCAGUCCUACUCGCACGAGGUGUCGCUCACGGCCGACUCGCGCGAGAGCCGGCUGCGCUUCUCGGCCGCCGCCGCCUGCUGCGACACCCUCCCGGCCCGCCCGCUGCCCGACGAGCCCGCGCCGCUGCUCGGGGACGAGGACCCUGCCGCCGCCCUUCCCGUCCAUCCCGCCGCUCCCUCGAGCGAUGAUUGCCGGCUACGGUUGCGAGGUUUGUUUUAG